GUUAAAUUAAUUUCCAUAUCUUGACAUUUAAUAACUGGUUUAUGUUAUAUGUUAAGCAUCUGGAGGCUAUUAUGGACAAUAUGAUGGAAGUUCUCAAUGGAAUAGAGUGCAAGAACUUCACUGUUGUUGGACCAGUGUUUGUGAACCACUUACUACGUAUGAAUGCCGAUGAAAGAGUUUGGUCUAAGGAUAAGUUCUUAAGCAAGUUUGAUUGGUCUGGCGUUGAAAAGGUAUGGCAAUUGUGGAGUGAUGAUGCUAGCAUUUCUAGAGUAUUUGUUGCUAGCCUUACCAUUAAGCCCGGACUGCAGUUCUGAACACAUGGCUGAUUUCCGAUG